AUGUAUCUGGUAGAGCGCAAGCUUUGGGAGCUAUACGACGGGAAUGUGGACAAUAUCCCGUGGCGAGAGUUGGCGGCGGAGGCGGCGAGGAGAAAUUGCCAAAUCGCCGAUUUGAUGACCUUGUAUCCCCCGGAACUCAGCACCGACAGGAUCACUGAGGGGGAUGUUGUUCAGGCUACGGAGUAUAUGAGGCGUCGGGGCUUGCAUUCCGAUGCUGCAGAUCUGAAGGGCUGGAUGGGCCUGAACAUGAGCGGCUUUGUUCAUCUGGACAUCACGGAACCGAUUUUUCUCCCAGGCAAGGACGGAGAGUCCCUUGGGAGGGCGCACCGUUCUGGGUGCAUUGACAUUGAGAAAAUCAAGGCCGUGGCAAUAGCCCAAGCCAGGAAAAUGGCUGACGAAAGUGAUCGAAAAUGCUGUAUAAACGACGCUUCCCUCGGUACGGCCCCCAGAGUCAUCCCGCGCUCGGUACAGGACGAGAUUAUACGAGAUGGCAUCCACGUCACGCCGCGUCGAAACCGCCUUGUGCGCUCGGGGAUUCUCAGCGACAUGACUAGCCUUGUCCCAAUCAGCUGGCACGAGAGCGACAGUCCGUUCGGAAGAAGCCAGCUGCUGGCUCAUGAUGGCCAGCCGAGCGCGCCUACGGAUGGGAAUGCGUAUGAGCCUCCGAUACCCCAGUUUGCUAGGUCAACAACAGCCAUGGCAGCGAUGCAAAGCUUGAUCAACUCCAGCGGAGCCGUGCAAGACAGAGACAACGGACUCUUUGGCACAGCCGCCGGGCUAGAAGUAUCGGCGGUUGUCAGCGGCGGGCUGUCCGCCGGCUAUCAGUCCCUGAUCAACCGACGGGAGACACCGGCUAGAAGUGUAGAUCAGCAUGAUACCACAGCAGAGGCCACGGAGCCGCCAGCAGCCCAGGGUUCCCGCAACCCACGAGAGUUUCGGAAAGAGAUUGAAGCACUCUCGAAUCCAGUUGCCGCGGCCAACACAAACAGCGAAAAGCUCAGACGGGCACUCUUGUCGAGGUUCAAACACUACCUCCAGGAAGACAACAAAGCCCCCGUAAGCAGACCAAGGGCUCCUCGCCCGGCACCGAUUGAAGUUGUCGAAGACGACUCGGACUAUACUCCUGGCCGCAGCACAGGGAAAAAACGCCGGCAGAGCGUGCAGGCGCAGAAAACGCCCGUGAAGCAAAGAAAACUUGACACGACGCCAAACACCCCAGUGCGAUGCCAGUCCCGAGGGGCGCCCAUGACAGGCAGCCCAGGAGAAGCAAUCAAGCCUCUAAAUUUAAUUUCCAUCGACCCAGGUCAAAAGGCAAGCGGGCAAGAGGGCGCGACCCUCGCCUCCCAUGCACCGCCGUCGCCCGGCUCCGUCGUUGCCGUCUCCCCGUGCUCACGGCGCCCAUCCAAGGGACCCGGCGCUGGCGGCGAGCCGACCAAGGGCAAGAAGAACGCGGCGCCCAUCUUCGGCCUCCAUCGGAACCAGGAGCUGACGAGGCCCGUCGACGCGUCCGAGAACGCCGAGUACGCGUGGUCGGCCGACGAGGCUGCUUUCGCCGCCAACUCCCAGUUCGCGCGGUAUGCCCUGAGGGCGGACCGGCUCAGAAGCGGCUCGAGGCACUGGCCGGAAGAUGCGCUGGCGGCGCUCACCAGGCUCAAGGACGAGUUCCACGCGGUUGAGUUCCAGCAGAGGGGCAGCACGACGCGCAACGCGGGGGAGAUUAGGUUUGCAGGGUGCGCGAGCCGGGCUGUGUAUGCCGAAUUUGCGAUGGAGGCAGAGUUUGCGAUGGCGGUGAGCUGCGACGGGGGUGGAGAGGUGGAUGGUGAUGAGGGAGGGAGCUGA